UUUUUGACAAGAAAGAAUAAAAUACUUUCUUUUUUUUUUUUUUAAGGAGAAUUAAACUUCUUUGGAUGAAAAUAGAAACUUUACUUAUGUCACUCGACAAGAAUGCAUUUAUAUAUAAAUAUAUGUAUUUAUAAUAUUACUUUUUCCAUCUUUUCUUUUCGUUGUUGUUUUUUUUUAAGAAAAUAAAAAAAGGGAGGAUGUCAAAUAAAAAACAUAUAGUAAUUAUUGGUGCUGGUGUUGGCGGUACAGCAACGGCUGCACGUCUCGCUCGUGAGGGCUUCAAGGUAACAGUAAUAGAGAAAAAUGACUUCUCAGGUGGACGUUGUUCAUUGAUUCAUCAUAACGGAUAUCGCUUUGAUCAAGGACCCUCUCUUUAUUUAAUGCCCAAGCUAUUUGAAGAUGCCUUUGCUGACCUCGAUGAACGUAUUGAAGAUCAUCUCGAACUCUUACGGUGUGAUAAUAAUUAUAAGGUUCAUUUUGAUGAUGGUGAGGCCAUUCAACUUUCGUCUGAUUUGACCCGAAUGAAAGCAGAAUUAGAUCGUAUCGAAGGACCAUCUGGAUUUGGUCGAUUUCUAGAUUUUAUGAAGGAAACACAUAUUCAUUAUGAAACAGGUACUUGUAUUGCUAUUAAACGUAACUUUGAGACCAUCUGGGAUUUAAUUCGUCUCAAGUAUGCUCCGGAGAUCUUUCGAUUGCACCUGUUUGACAAGAUUUACGAAAGAGCUUCCAAAUAUUUUAUGACAAAAAAGAUGAGAAUGGCUUUUACAUUUCAGACCAUGUAUAUGGGUAUGUCUCCAUAUGAUGCUCCAGCAGUUUAUAGUUUGUUACAAUAUACAGAAUUCGCUGAAGGUAUUUGGUAUCCUCGGGGUGGAUUUAAUAUGGUUGUUCAGAAAUUAGAAACCAUUGCCCAUGACAAAUAUGGUGCAGAAUUUCUUUAUAAUUGUCCUGUAGCAAAGAUUAACACGGAUGAUGCCAAUAAACGUGUUACAGGUAUCACACUUGAAUCGGGUCAAGUCAUUGAAGCAGAUGCAGUUGUUUGUAAUGCUGAUCUAGUUUAUGCCUAUCACCGUCUUUUACCUUCCUGUAGUUGGACUCAAAAAUCACUUGCCUCUAAAAAACUGACCUCUUCCUCUAUCUCCUUUUAUUGGUCCAUGUCGACCAAGGUAACACAGCUCGAUGUACACAACAUUUUCUUGGCCGAAUCCUACAAGGAAAGUUUCGAUGAAAUCUUUAAUGACUUUAACCUCCCCUCUGAGGCAUCCUUUUAUGUGAAUGUACCCUCCCGUAUUGAUCCAUCAGCAGCACCUGAAGGUAAAGAUUCGAUCAUCGUUUUAGUACCCAUCGGUCACAGUAAAAGCAAGACGGGUAUACCUGAUGAAGACUAUGCUAGCUUGGUAAAGCGAGCUCGUAGCAUGGUUCUAGAAGUGAUUGAGCGACGUCUAGGUAUCACUCAUUUUGAUCAACUCAUUGAAAAUGAAAUCGUCAAUGACCCCAGUGUUUGGCAAUCCAAGUUUAACUUGUGGAAGGGAUCCAUUCUAGGACUUUCACAUGACAUCUUUCAAGUCCUUUGGUUCCGACCCAGCACCAAGGAUUCAACGGGUCGUUAUGAUAAUUUAUUCUUUGUAGGAGCUAGUACACAUCCAGGCACAGGUGUCCCUAUCGUCUUAGCAGGUAGUAAGCUUACCUCAGAUCAAGUGUGUGAAAGUUUUGGUAAGACUCCCUUGAUGAGAAAGAUAGAAGGAGGUCAAAAGGUAUCUUAUAGUCAAGAAAAGACAAAGAUGGAAUCAAACUGGAUUCAGUAUAUCGUUGUUUGUUUCAUAAUUACCUUUUUAUGGUUUUAUUUCUUUCCUCAAGAGCCUGGAAGGACUCCUGCUUCUGUAAUUAAUAAUUUACUUCCUCAUACUUUUCGUGUACACAAUCACGCUCAUGAACUUUUAAUUUAAUAAAUAUAUGAACAUCUAUUUUUUUUUUUUUUUGGUAGUUUAUUAAGGGAAAGAAACAAAUAAAUGUAUAAUUAUUUAAGAGGGAAAAAGCAUCAUUAUUACUUUACUACAAUACAUAUCACAAGU